GACUUGAACCACAAUGGUACAAUAUAUGAUAGCCUGUUGUGUUUACCACUACACCACUUGCUCAUUGUUGAAAGCCUCGCUCAACUUAUUCACCUUGUUUUUUUCGCUAGCUUGUAUACUUAAAAUUCAACCAUUUUUGAAUCACAAAAUGACUUCUGUAGGACCACAGUUAUUUUAAUAGAUGGUUUGGAGACUCGAUGAAAGUACAAUAUAACUCAUUAACUAUGUUAUUGUCCAGCUUUAUGCAAGAAUUUGGUCCUAUCUCGUCAGUCGUCACGUGUGUAUUGUAUUUUCGCUCAAAUAAACAAUAACAAGUUUGUGGUUGAGUUAUCCAUCCGUAACUUGAACAAAUGCUCAAUUUAAACAUUGCUAUUGGUUGUGCGGGAAAAAAUACAAUACACACGUGACGAGAUAGGACCAAAUUCUUGCAUAAACCGAAACCAACAUAGUUAAUGAGUUAUAUUGUACUUUCAUCGAGUCUUUUUCUCUAGCUUGUGUAAUUAAAAUUUAACCAUUUUGGAAUCACAAUGUUACAUUACACAACUUAUGUAGACCUAGGACUUGAAACACAAUGUUACAUUACACAACUUGUAGUCGUUACCACUAGACCGCUUGCUCGUUGUUGGUAGACUACUGCAACCUAUUCAUCUUAACCUUUUUCUCUGGCUUGUGUAAUUAAUAUUCGAAACAUUUAAAGUCAUAAAAUGAAUUUUGUAGGACUUGAACCACAAUGAUACAAUAUAUGAUAGCCUGUUGUGUUUACCACUACACCACUUGCUCAUUGUUGAAAGCCUCGCUCAACUUAUUCACCUUGUUUUUUUCGCUAGCUUGUAUACUUAAAAUUCAACCAUUUUUGAAUCACAAAAUGACUUCUGUAGGACCACAGUUAUUUUAAUAGAUGGUUUGGAGACUCGAUGAAAGUACAAUAUAACUCAUUAACUAUGUUAUUGUCCAGCUUUAUGCAAGAAUUUGGUCCUAUCUCGUCAGUCGUCACGGUGUGUAUUGUAUUUUCGCUCAAAUAAACAAUAACAAGUUUGUGGUUGAGUUAUCCAUCCGUAACUUGAACAAAUGCUCAAUUUAAACAUUGCUAUUGGUUGUGCGGGAAAAAAUACAAUACACACGUGACGAGAUAGGACCAAAUUCUUGCAUAAACCGAAACCAACAUAGUUAAUGAGUUAUAUUGUACUUUCAUCGAGUCUCCAAACCAUGUAUUAUAUUAACUGUGGUAGGACUUGAACCACAAUGGGUAAAAUGCAUAGCCUGUCUUUACCACUGGACCAUUUGCUCGUUGUUCCUUCAAAAAGCAUAAACGUAACCUCUUUAGUUGUUACUCUCCAUUUUGACAACUGACUCACUUUAAAAUAUAAAAAGGUGGUUUACCUUUACUUUUCGCUAUGUUUUACGUCUCUAUUUUUGGCUAUUUUGACCACUGUUUCGAAAUAUGAAAAGUUGCCAGAGAACGCUCACAGCAUAAAGGUUAAAAACAACCAAAAGUUUACGGAGUUAGCCUGUACACGUUAUGGCUAGUCAGUCAUGUUUUAACUAGUAAAUCUCAAACUCAUUAAUAAUUCAUGAGCAAAUUAGCGAAUGAACUCACCCUAAUUCGUCACAUGAUUGAGGUUGGAUACCGCAAGGAAACACGCUAAAAAUCAUAUACCAUCAGCCUAGUCCCAGGCUCUCUCUCUAUUCGCUGCUUUGCUAUAUUUAAAUAAGUCUUAAAAGUUUUAUGCCUGGGUGUGCUGUGCGGAACGCUUCAGCGAGAGAGCCUAGCAGAUUUCGGUAAAAUGGUCCCUGAUUUCAAAAAAGUGGUCCCUGGCCUGGUUACCAAGCAUAUCGCAUUUGUAAAUAGAAAAUGUUAUGGAAAUUUCCCUUGCGUUUAUAAUUAAGUCAUUAGUUUUGCUCUAAUGCUGUCGGAACAAUGAAAUAGGCUACGUUUCGCUACCAUACGGUCAGAAUGGAAUAACGGGCUAAAUGUGAGUCGUGCAUGUUUACUAAACUAUAAAGCCAUAUUAAAUGCUAUCUAUAAGCUUUAAAAUUAUGCCGAGUCUACGACUAAAAAUGUUUUGACAACACAUAACACAGUCAUGUCAGGCAAAUAUUUCCAAUCUCCUCAGCUACUUAAACCUGUCAAGUAGAGCCGCGUAGUUGUGCAUACCAUGGUCUAUAGUGUUGAUCACAACUUGCGAGUACAUAAAUAUCAUCAACGAUUAUACGACCAUUGCUCAGACUCAGUAUCGUAAAUUUAUAUAUAUAUAUUUUUAAUUGAGCACAUUUUUAAUACAGUUUGAAUUUGGUUAUGUAGACAUCGAACAUGAUCAACGAACAUUGUCGUAUUUACAAGGUUAUUUGUAUAUAUAAAUUUUCCGCCAUAUCAAAAAUACUGAAAUCUGCUAGGCGUUCUGAAGCACCUUUAGCGGUGACGUCACACCUAGGUCCCAGUCUCGUACUACAUCCACGUUUUUCCUCGCGCUUGCUUCGGAACGACUGGCACUAGGCUGAUAUACCAUCACUGUUGUUAGAUGAAAAACGGUUUUCAUCUAAUAACUGAGAUCCUAAUUACAAAUUCAAGUCAAAACACAACAAUAUACUAUAAUAAUAUAUAUAAGCCAAUGAAAUGUUUUCGUUUGAGAUGUUGUGUAAACAACUCGUUUCUCGUGUUUCAUCAGGGGACCAAACACUCGAAAACAAUAAAACACUCGCGCUCGUGUUUCAUACAGUUUUCUCGUGUUUGGAUCCCCUGAUGAAACACUCAAACUCGUUGUUUACAUAUAACAUGACAGUUCUAUUAUGAUUGAGCAGCUUAUAUGCAUAUUCCAGCCUUCGACUCGGAGGUACAUAUUGUGGUUUAACAGGAAUUUAUCCCGAAGGAGAAGACGUGAUUUACAAACUCUGAAUUGGCUUAACACGGAGACUUUUACAAUCAUCAAAUUUAAUGUAUAGAGAAUAAUACAUGGGUGCGCGGAAAUACCAGAUUUAUUUCGAGUGUUGAACAUGUUAUCUCACGAGUGAGCGCCGCAGCGAACGAGUGAGAUAUCAUGUUCAACACGAGUGUCACAGAAAUUAAAAUAAUGUAGAGUUAUCUGAUUGAAGUAAAGUUCGUUUCGUGUACAUGCCCAAGUCACAUGUUUUCAAAACAAGUUUAUUUUCUGUACAUUUGUCCAAAAUCUGCUUUUUACGUAUUUGAGAGAUCCGUUUGUGGGUAUGCGCAAAUCGAGCUUUACCCCAACUAUAAUUUAUAGUGUAUUGUAAAUAUAAUUGUCAAAUUUAUAAGGGAGGUGCCUCGCAUGGGUUUUUUGUCACCCGCUCCCACUUUUGGGCAAUAUCUAUUUAUUGUAUUGUUAAUAUUAUCAAUAAAGUCGUAAGUCGUAGUUGUUUGUUGUUUGAGAACAAACGUAAUAUAUCUUCAUAUAAAAAAAAACUCAUCUUCACCAAAGGAUCACUGGCGUGAUACUCACUCUUUAAUAGGUCUUAAUUAUCUGCAGAAGCCUCCUUCAGUGUAGCCUGCAUGGCAGGCGAUCUUUCCCAGGCUUGCCCAAUUUUAGGGACUGCCUGAAAAGAUAAAUGUGUAACCUUUGGAAGUUUUUAUAGUAAAAACUAUUUUUUCUUUGUUUAUAGUUGCUGUGUGAGUUCAUUGGAGGUUGUGGGUUUGACUUCUUGCCAUCGGAUGCUUUAAUGAAAUUUCUUGCUCAAUUUCUCUGUGGGGGUGGAGGAUUCGACGAUAUUAUCUGUGAAAACGUGAUAUUUUUGUUGUGUGGUUAUGACUAUGCCCAGCUGAAUAAGGUAUGCGUGAUCAAUUUCGUUCCCCGAGCCUGCGAUCCUUGGGAAGGAACGUGAGGCUCUGGGAUAAUCCGUUUCAGGGAGGAAUCUGAUUGGCCGUUGAUAUGGAAUGCGCAGUUCGGUCUUAGCCAGGAUUCCUGGCUUCCGGCAACGGAUAUCCCAGAGCCUCACGUUUCUUCCCGAGGAUCGCAGGCUCGGAGAACGAGAUUGAUGCGUAAUUAGCCAUUCCGAAGUUGAUAAGAGGACUGGGGACGAGUGUUAAAAAUGCCGAACUUAAGAAAUGAACCAAAUCACUACAAAGACCACCUCAAAAUUAGUAAGUAUACAAAGUUUGAAGACGUUUACAUGAAUACACUUCGAAUAAUAAGCUUUCCAAAAUUUUGAAAUUACUGAUGCACGUCCCCCAAAACAAAAAUGACAAUACAUUUCAUAGUAAAUAUCGCGAUUUUCGAAAGCUUAUUAUUCGAACUGUAUUCAUGUAAACGUCUUCAAACUUUGCAUACUUACUAAUUUUGAGGUGGUCCUUUUAGUGAUUUGGUUAAUUUCUUAAUAGGUAAUUCCAGCUUUUAAUUUCUGCAUAAUCAGCAAUAUGAUACCUUACUUCCCAUCACUCCCUGCGUGCAUAAAUUAAAAGCUGGAAUUGCCUAUUUGAGCACUUUUUAACACUCGUCCCCAGUCCUCUCAUUUACUUCGGAAUGGCUAAUUGAAAUGAUACUCAAGAGGAAAAUUUCUGACCGUGCAUGGUUUCUAAAGUCACCAAACAAAGCUAGACAAACAACAUUUGAUUAUGAUGAUUUUGAUUUAUUAAUGAAAAAACAUAUGCAGCUCGGAAGCUAAAUUGUGUAUUUACAUGACUACAAACAAUAGACCUUACCGAUUAUUCUAUUUUAGUAUAAUUACAUAGGUGAUUAUUGAAAAUUCUCCACGCUGAUUGGUUGCCGUUGAGGUGAUUAUUACGCGAUAAUCACCUAAGCGAUUUUCAAAAUGGCGGCCAAAGUUUUUUGUCAAUUAAAUGACGAAGAAAUGUGUAUUCUCUUAUUUUUUUCCAAAUAAUCACCUAUGAAAUUAUACUAAAACAAUUAUUCACCUCAGGCUCGGUGAUUAUCGUGAAUAAAAACCUCGACUUCGUCUCGGUUUUUAUUCACCGAUAAUCACCUCGCCUUCGGCGAAUAAUUGUUAAUUACCCAAUGGUUCCAUUUCUAUGUUAACUUAUUUUAGCAUGUCAGGGGCAAAUAAAGAUUAUAUUCCUAUGUUUUCCAGGACAAAGUUGUUUCUUGUUGUUCUUAGGCUCAAUAACAAAGUAAUUUUCAACCCUACUAAGCACAAAACAUGAGUAAGUAUUUGACUUGAAAACGAGGCCAUUGGGGAAAAAUAGAAGAAUCGGUACAAGGUCUAUUUGUUUAAAUUCUAAAAUUAUUACAGCAAUAUGAUAAAAUUUACUAAUAGAACUUAACUUGACUUUUGACUCAUAUAAAAGUAUCUCAAACCGUGCUGAGUUCAAAUCCUAACAGUUAAUUAAUUAUCUUCAAAGUUAUAUAAACAUAUCUGGAUUAAAAGUACUAGAUAAAAUGAUAUAUAAUAUAAUGUCAUCGAGAUCAACCAUUUCCAAUGGUGGAAGAUAUAACAAGUCUGUAAUUAUACAAGCCUAUAAUAUAAGUCUGGCAAUUAUACAAACCGUCAACAAGUUAUGUUCGUACUGCUUGUCCCAAGUUAUCAACAACUUGUUGACAGUUGUACAACCUUGUUGAUAUUAUCAGACUUGUUGAAAGGUUGUUCCAAGAAGUCUGAUACAGUCAUGGUAUGACAAGUUACAACUUGCGUUGUCAACCUUGUAUGAUAUUCUUGUUAUAUCAUCACUGUAAUCAGACUUGUUAGAACAACCUUGUAGCAAGUCUGAUAAUGCCAUCAAUCUUCUUACAAUUUGGUAACAGCUUGUUCCAAACUGGUUUCAACAACUGGGAACAAGCAGUGCGAACACAGCUUGUCGAUAGCUCGUGAACAGAUUUGUAACAACUUGUGCGUUUUUACGUGUGCAUGCUUGAAUUCUCUAUUCUCAUUUGACCAGGGCUAAACGUAUACAUACGAUCAGGAUCUUCGUUGGAAGUUUUUCAGUUUUUCUGGAAUACUUUAACCAAUUUCUUGAAUUUUUGCUUUAGACUCGCCUACCUGUGUAUGUUUCCCAUACGCCUGCUGGAACAUCAGCAAAGAAUAUCAUUCACUAUGGCCAGGUAAUAAUGAAUGUGACGUAGAUGUUUAUAUUUCGUUACCCUGCUGUUAUAUUUCUUUGUCCUGGACCCUGCUCAGACCACUUCUCCUCCCUUGAAUUUUCGCCCCACCCCGUGCAAAAUCAGAAAAUUCGCCAAUGGUUAAUACCAUUCUGUGUCGUUGUUUUAUAGAUGGUAGAAUCAGGAAAAUGUCAAAGAUUCAACUAUUAUGAUGAAAAGGAAAAUUUAGUCCACUAUAACAAGGUAUUUUCAGACAGAAGCAUGUACAUUUCCAGUAAUCCACCCUAUUGUGUUGAGGCAAUCUUUUUCAUUGUGUAUUCGCGAUGAAAAGUGUUCAAAAUCUAAAAUCUUUUUGGCGUUCCUCUCAAAAUUAAUAUUUUACAGUAUAACUGUAAAUCUCGAUCUCAGAAGAUCAGAUUUUGUGCAUGUAAUUUUAUGUGUUGAUUGGGAUUGUCCAGGUGUCAGCAACCCGGGAAAAUUUGGGGUCGCAGAAAUGACAUUUUCUGCACACUGCGAAGUUGAGACCAAUGGUUCAGGCUAUUCUUUCAAUCUUUCAUGGGGGAAUCGAUGUGCCUUAGGGCAAAUCCGAUUCCUUGGGGUUUGGGGAAAUUGCCCACCGAGUUCUUCAUAUAGUUAAGAAAGGCUAUGGAAGACUCAAUGCCUUUUUAUUUUCUUAGACUGAGCCACCUACGUUCAAUAUGUCCAAUGUUCGAGUGCCCACAGUCCUAUAUUACGGUAGCAAUGACUGGCUGGCUGAUCCACACGAUGUAACAUUACUAGCUAAGGCUCUGCCGAACGUCGUGCACAUUGAGGAAAUACCCAAGUGGGAACAUCUCGACUUCAUAUGGGGCCUCGAUGCCGCUAGAUUGGUGUACAAACCCCUUAUAAAAUAUUUGAAUCAAUUUUCUGGAAUGGAGAAAAAAUCUUGA